UUCUCUCCUGUUGUCAUUAUGCCUCCCUAUUCAAACUUAAGCUCGCCAACUGGUCUACCUUUUUCCUUAUUAUCCACAAUCAAAGAGGUAUUUCAUCGUGUUGUUAGAAUCCUAUCCCAGUUUAGGCCUUGUUCUGAUGCUAAUUCUCUUAUUUUACCAAUUACUAGAUCUUCAUCUCUACCAACUUCUCGUGCCAUUACCAGAAUGAGGUUUUACACAGCUUCUUAUCAGUGGAGAUCCCAAGCAUUGGAUUGCAUACCACUUAGCAUAAAUUCUUUAGAAAUUGAAAUGCAAAGCUAUCAACCGAGGCCUCCAGUAAGUCUUGCUUCUUUCAGUGGGAUCUUCCUACGCAGUUCCUACCCAAAAAUGGCCAAUAUUAUUGAGAAUAUAGGAUCUCUUAUUGCUGCAGUUGGUUUUUUCAUAAUGACUAGCAUUUUCCUCCCUGGUAAUCUGUACUGGGUUACUUGGCUAGCUUGUGCAUUUUCCUUGCUAGCCUUUUUCUCAUCGUUGGGUAAGUCUUAACUGAUCCAAUACGGUCUCUAAAUACAAUUCCCAUCUGAUAUAAUCCCCUAAUUUAUGUGAUAGCCCAUCUUACAUCACAUGUGAAAGUGAUUCUUAAUGCUUAUGGUGAAAGUGAUGUUAAAUUUACGUGAAAGUGAUGUUUAACAGUAAAAUUAUGGUGAAAGUGAUGCCAAGUUUAGACAUGAAAAAUUGUUGGGUUAGUGGAUAUUACGAAUUAUGA